AUGGAUGGCAAGAAAUGUAUGGCAGAUAACGUCUCCAACACGAAGACUACAGUGUCACGGGGUGUCGGGCCGUCUCCUGGCGGGGUGGUUGGACAGGGGCGGGGAAUCCGCACCCCCCCAGGGCAGCACUUCUACACCCAUGUCAGUCAAAACACGCUACCCAGGGACAAACCUCGCAAUCUCAAGAUAGUAGAGCAAACCUCAUACACGUGCUCAGCUAACUCUGGCAAGAAGCUGACGACCACGGGCGUAGGGCCAUCGUAUAGGUCGGUGUACCGGACACUGCAGGUCACCGCUGAUCAUCUCGGGGAGCCCCUGCAACGCAUGGCUAACACGCUCCGCGAACCAAGGAGCAUUCUCCGUCAGACACGACCCCACCCUCCUGCUGCCCUGACCACCCAGAGAGACAAACACCACCCCGGUGGCCCUUCAACAACACACGGCUUGUUGACACCGCAGGACAUGCGUGACGCAGUGAGGACCCAGCGUCCAGUUGCCCUGACAACCCAGAGAGACAAACACCACCCCGACGGCCCUUCAACAACACACGGCUUGUUGACACCGCAGGACAUGCGUGACGCAGUGAGGACCCAGCGUCCAGUUGCCCUGACAACCCAGAGAGACAAACACCAGCCCGGUGGCUCUUCAACAACACACGGCUUGUUGACACCGCAGGACAUGCGUGACGCAGUGAGGACCCAGCGUCCAGUUGCCCUGACAACCCAGAGAGACAAACACCACCCCGGUGGCCCUUCAACAACACCCGGCUUGUUGACACCGCAGGACAUGCGUGACGCAGUGAGGACCCAGCGUCCAGUUGCCCGACCUCGGCCUCGUAGAGCACUGGGGUAUCCAAGCCCAGUAGUCGCCUCGGUUACCCAUGGUCACAGUCACGUGCAGAUGAAGGUCAAGCCCACUGUGUCCAUGCCACCGAUAUCUGUCCAAGGAGCGCAAUACAAAGGUCAAGGUCAGACGGAACGGUCACAGGAAUCGCAUGGUGGACAGCGAGAUGCACUCCGGCAUAUAGUCAUAGAUGGCUGUAAUGCUGCAUACUCACAUGGACACCAUUCAACCUUUUCCGGCGCUGGGAUCCACCUUGCUGCAGGCUAUUUCCUUCGGCUGGGACACACAGUGGCCGUUGUUCUACCACAAACGUGCAAGAAACGUUUCCGAAAAUUGCCCCUCCCUGACCAGGAACGUCUAAAACGUUUGGAAGAGUCGGGUGUUUUGGUGUACACGCCCACCAGGAGCAUCCACGGUCGAUACGUGCAGCACCACGAGGAGAGGUGGGACACUAGUUCUUUUCUAGUUUCCAGUAGAAGAAAAGAUUUUAAAUCUCAAAUGCUUCAGGUGUAA